AUGAGCGGGACCAAGAUGAAAUACGAUCAACUCGAAGAAUUCAGACGCAAAAAUGAGAUAUUAGCGAAUAUUGUAAAUAAGCUGAUAGUUUUUGAUAAGAAGAGAAUAUUUUUAUAUCCAGUAAACGUGCAAUAUGUUCCAGAUUAUCUUAAUAUAAUAAAAGAGCCAAUGGAUUUUACAACGAUGAAACAAAAAAUUCAAAAUUUUAAAUAUAAUACUUAUGAAGAGUUUGAAAGAGAUAUAUUUUUAAUAAUCAAUAAUUGCUACACAUAUAAUGACAAAACUACUAUCUAUCAUAAAAUUGCAGAGAGCUUAGAAGCUUAUUAUAGAAAACUGAGUGUUAAAAUGUAUAGAAAAUAUAUGAACAUACAUCUUCUUUAUCAUAAUGAAGAUAAAAACUUAGUAAAUAAGCUUUUAUACAAUACUAAUAUAAAAGAUGAAAAUAUAAAUACAAUCAAAGAUAAUAAAAAAGGUAUUAAGCCAAAAAAACAUGGAAAAGUUGGAAGACCAAGCAAAGCAAAUAUGGAUUUUAGAAACAGCCAAAUUAAUGAUACAAAUAUAAAUAAUGCUAAUAUGAGCAAAAGAAAGAAAAACACUAUUAAAAAUUCUAUAAAAUCAAACGAAUACAUGGGCGAUAAUUCAUUUUAUAACAAUAAUGGAUCAUAUAAUAACAAUUUUAUGAACGAUAACAAUAAUAAUUAUAACGCUAAUAAUAUGCAUGGAUAUGAUCAAAUGGUGUAUAAUUUGGAAAAUAUGAUAGAUGAAGAAAAUUUUGACAAUAUUAUUGAUACAAUCGUAAAUAGCAAUGAAAAAUCAAAAGAUAUUUUUAAUAUAUUGAUCAAAUUAUUAAAAAAUAAGGAUGAAAAUUGUGUUGCUUCAUGCAACUAUGUAAAUAUACCUAAAACAUUGCAUAAAAUAUACUUUGACGAUUCAGUUAUAUCAAAACUGCGAAACAAAAAUAUAGAUCGAUUAUUAACAAAUAGCAAUGAUAAUAUUAAUAUUCAUGUAGGUGAAAAUAAUAAAAAAAGAGAACGAUGCAAUACGAAUGAUGAUCAUCAAAUUGACAAUAAAAAAUCAAAAUUAUUAAACCAAAAACAUAAUAUUAACGGCCAUUAUGAAAGUAAUUUAAACACUAAAACCCAAAAUGAAAAAUAUAAUAAUCAACAAUGUUUUAAUUUUGAUUUAAAUAAAGCCGAAGAAAGCUACUAUAAUUAUGCAAAUCAGAAUUCAAAUAAAGUUAUAACAUGCAAUAUUGAAAACCAAGAGUUAACAAUGAAUUUUUUAAAUUAUAAAGAAAGUGUAAAAAAAUUCAUCGGAAAAGAAAAUUUAUCUGCAUUCAUUGAUAUAUUUCCAAAUAUUGAUAAUAUAUUAGAUAAUACAGAUUCAAAAGACUUAUAUUAUUAUGCUUUUAAUGAUUUAAGACUAUUUGGAAUAGAUGUACCAGAUUUUGAUGAGUUUAACAAUAAAAUCGUAUACAAUGAAGAUUACUUGCUAGGUAUUGGUAGACAUCACAUAAAUAACAUUUUAACUUUAGAUAAAAAUUUAGUACACGUAUUACAAAGCAAAAAUAAUAAAACUGAAUUUUGUGAAAAAUUAAAUGAAUAUUUAUCAAAUAAUAAAAAACGUAAAAAAUAUAUUUCUAAUAAACAUGGCAAUAAUCACGAUAGUAAUGAAAAUACAGAAAAAUUGAAUGAUGAUUAUGAUCCUUUGAAUGUGGAUCGUAAAAAUGCAAAUUAUAUUUUGAAUACACAGUCUGAUAUAGAAAGUUUUUCUAGCGAUUCAUCUUCAAAUGAUGAAAAUUUGAACUUAAGAAACUUUCUAAGCACAUAUAAUUAUUUCCACAAGGAAUGUAUUAAAAACGUUAGAUCAAAAAAUAAAUUAUAA